AGUUCCCAGUCUUUCAAYAACACGCGGUUGAUUACUUGUGGAGUCAAGAUGGCGGAGAAAAGAGAGAUGAAAGUGACUGCUCAAGAAAUGGCGGACGCAAGGAUCCCUUUGAAUGGACGUGAUUAUUGUGCUCAUCUAUUAAUUCCAUUGAUAAAGUGUCGUAAGGAGACAUACUAUGUACCGUGGAAGUGUAAACACGAGAAGCACGCCUGGGAUAAGUGUGAAUAUGAUGAUUUUAUGAGCCGAGUAAGAGAGAAACAAAGAUUGCAGCUUCAAGAAAAGGGACAUUUGUAACUAGAUCAGAACUAGUUCUUYUUGAUUUGUGUUUUUGAAAGGGCUUUCAAUCAAAUAUGUAAAUAAACAUGUAUUCAUUAGAUUUUGAUAUUUCUGAAACACUUUGCUUUUUCAAUGUCUUUACAAACUUAGCAAUUAAAGACAAAAGGAAUUGAAUGAUU